GCUCGCCCGCCCCUCCCCUGCACCGCCCCCGACCUGUCCUCCUACCUGGCAGAACCGAACGGCUGCAGGCUCUUCUCCCCCGCAUCUCGAAAGGCUUUCUUUUAGGGCUGUGAGAAGUCUUCUCAUUUGACUUCCAUUCUGCCUUGAAAAAUUUGCCCAUCGCCCCACUCCAGGCCGACCUCUUUGGACCUUGCUCAUCUCAGCUUCCACACAUUAGAUGCACUGAAGUCUGAUCAAGAGGUCCCUCCAACAACCUUGUCCCAUUGCUCCUCCCCAAAUUGAACUGAAGCCUGAAGUUCAUUCCUGGAGGUGCCCUAGGCCUGUGCCAAGUCUGUGGGGAUGCAGCUUUCAGGUAUAGAUAGCGUAAAGGAAACGGAGAAAAAAUCUCUGGUCUGCGUCGAGGGCAAUAUUGCAAGUGGGAAGACCACGUGCCUAGAAUUCUUCACCAGCAUGAGAAACCUAGAGGUGCUGACGGAGCCCGUGACCAGGUGGAGAAAUGUCCGGGGCCACAACCCUCUGGGUCUGAUGUACACCGACCCCAGCCGCUGGGGCCUUACACUGCAGACGUUCGUGCAGCUCACCAUGCUGGACCACCACACCCGGCCCCAGACAUCACCAGUGCGAUUGAUGGAGAGGUCGAUUCACAGCGCAAGAUACGUUUUUGUAGAAAACCUGUAUAGAAGCGGGAAGAUGCCCGAGGUGGACUACGUGGUCUUGUCGGAAUGGUUCGACUGGAUCGUGAGGAACCUGGACGUAUCUGUGGACUUGAUAGUCUACCUCCGGACCACGCCCGAGAUGUGCCACAGGAGGCUGCAGAUGAGGUGCCGGGACGAGGAGAAGGUCAUCCCGCUGGACUACCUGGCCACCAUCCACCAGCUCCAUGAGGAGUGGCUUGGAGGAGGAGGUCCCUUCCCCGUGGAGGCCCCCGUUCUGGUGAUCGAGGCCGACCAAGACAGGCAGAAAAUGCAAGAACUCUUUGAGCAGAACCGAGACCGGAUCUUGACUCCACAGACCCGGAAGCAGGAUCCUAGGAUGGGAAAGGCCGGGGAAACGUCCGUCCACAGCGGCACCAGGGCGCCGUGAGCAGUUGGGGUCAAGCUGCUCUGGGCGCGCCUUUGCCCUGCUGCCAGCAUCUUCCUCUCAGGUCCACGGCAAAUGGGACCCGGAGGUGGCUGUGCCCUUGGGUGCCCACAGCCACACGUUCACCCGGCGCCUUGUUGCUGAGCUGUAGAAGAGCCACUUGCUCCAGAGAUCCGGGGCUUGGGGCAGUCAUCUGACCACAUUCCAGGAGCUCAGGGUGGGCGCGGGCCCUUCCAAGGUCAGACAGCCAGAGUAUGCCAACCUGGCCUCCUGCCCGGCUCCUCACCCCCCCCUGGGACCCUCAAAUCCGUCCUGAGUGACCCUGCUGGACCCAGAGCUGCGACCAUCAUUGCUCAUCCUCUGGGCACUUGUCCAGACUGCCGGCAUUCUGGGACUUUCCGGCCCUGGGCGGCAUUGUGUUUCCCGGGAUGAGGCUACUGUAGCACCUGUCCCAUCCUCUUGGCAACUGAAGAAAUCCACGUCUGGGCUCCUGAGCCUGCUCAGUAGUUCCCUGUCAGGGAAAUGGUCUGCCCACGGCCAUGCUGGGCAGGGGCAGGGGCAGGGGCAGCUCGGCUUGCCCAUGGAAUCACUGAGCGCUGUGGCCCAGAGGGGCUAGUAAAUCCUCAGCCGGAGGUGGGCUCUGGAGCACCCAUCUCUGAGGUGCCCCCCACCACUUGUAUGAUGCACUUUAAUCCACC